AUGAGCGAUAUCGAGAAACAGUACGACCAGGCGGUGCCAGAUGCUGCGAAAGAGAGCGAUGAGAUUGGGAGACAGCUAGAGGGGAUUGAUCCGGUUUUCGAGGCUAAGAUUGUGCGCAAGCUUGAUCUUUUUGUUAUUCCGGUGGUAAUGCUGCUGUACUUGCUUAGUUUUCUCGAUCGAGUCAACAUCGGCAAUGCGCGUCUCUAUGGUCUACAGGAAGACCUCAAUAUGGACGAUUCUCAGUUUCAGACUGCGGUUUCGAUUCUCUUCGUAACAUACAUUCUCUCCGAGGUCCCAUCAAAUCUCGUGUUGAAGAAACUCACACCUUCGCGAUGGAUAGCGUUUAUCACCGUUGCAUGGGGUAUUAUCGCCACUUUGACUGGUAUCGUACAGAGCUAUGGUGGCCUAAUCGCAUGUCGCUUGCUUCUCGGUGCCGUUGAAGGAGGCCUGUUCCCUGGAAUGGCCGUUUAUCUGACAUUCUUCUACACCAAGCGCGAACUCGCCCUGCGCAUCGGUUACCUCUUCGUCUCCGCUGCCCUCGCUGGAGCCUGCGGAGGUCUCCUCGCUUACGCAAUCGGACACUUGGACGGCACGGCCGGCCUCCGCGGAUGGCGCUGGAUCAUGAUUAUAGAGGGUAUUCCCACUUUUGUUCUGGGCAUCGCAACCUGGUUUAUCCUUCCCAACACUCCGGAAACAGCCUACUUUUUCACUGCCGAGGAGAAGGCUUUCGCUGCAGCUCGUCUCAAGCGCCAAACUGGAUACACUAAGAAGGCGGCAGAAUUUCACUGGGAAGAUGUGAGGAAGUGUGUCAAAGACUGGAAAGUUUGGGUAUUCUGCUUCGCGCAGUUCGGGAGUGAUACCAUGCUUUACGGUUACUCUACUUUCUUGCCAACUAUCAUCAGGUCGAUCAACACUACUGCCAGCAGUGCAAUGGUGCAGGUCCUCACUAUUCCGUGUUACGCGCUUGGUGCAAUCACAUAUCUGGUCGUUGCGCGUUUCUCGGAUAAACAGCAGAAGCGCGGAUUUUACAGUAUCUUACUCGGUGUGGUCAGUAUCGUUGGAUACGCCAUGUUGAUCAGUGAUGCUAGCUCUGGCGUUCAUUAUGCGGGCUGCUUUCUUGUUGCGAUGGGAUUGUAUGUUUGUGUCGGUUUACCAUUGGCUUGGCUGCCUACGAACUUGCCAAGAUAUGGAAAGAGGACGACCGCUACGGGAUUGCAGUUGAGUAUCGGUAACUGUGCGGGUAUUAUGAGCGCUUUUAUAUACCCUACAGCAGAUCGACCUCGUUUUAUUAAGGGUCAUGGUAUCACAAUGGCCAUGGUGGGUUUUGCUUGUAUAUGUUAUGCUGUUAUGUGGUUCCAGCUUAGGCAUAUCAACUCGAGACGUGAGAAGGGUGAGGAAGAGCACUUGGUCGAGGGGAUGACUGAGGAGGAUGUCGCGGAGAUGGGUGACGAUAGUCCAAGAUUCAGAUACACUAUCUGA